CAAUCAUCAAGCUUCAUGUCAUCUCUUUUCUUUUUCUUUUUCUACAGAAGAUUCAAUUUUCUCUUGAACACUCACAGAUCUGACACCCCAGUUUCGGUUCACUUCCAAAAACAUUAAAGAUUCAUUCUUUUGGUUUUUGUUGCUUCAUUUCCUUUGAAAAACUCUGUUCCUUUCACUCAUUGGGUUUUGAUUUGGAGUGAAACAUGGUGAAUUUGUGUUGAAGAAUUGGAGGAGGAAUUGUUGAAUUUAUUGUUGUUAUUGAUUUUUGGGGGAAACAAUGCGGCUGUUUCCGUUGAGCUCGAGUUCGAGUUCAAGCUCUGAUAGGGAGCAAGGGAACAAUGAAGGGAAUAGCCGCGCCAUGCUAUAUCUAAACAUAUAUGAUCUUACUCCUGUUAAUAACUAUCUUUACUGGUUCGGCCUCGGGAUCUUCCAUUCCGGAAUCGAAGUGCACAGUAUGGAGUUUGGCUUUGGAGCUCAUGAAUACCCUACCAGUGGGGUAUUUGAGGUGGAACCAAAAAGUUGUCCAGGCUUCAUAUAUCGACGUUCAAUAUUGCUGGGCAGUACCAGCUUAUCUCGUUCAGAAGUUCGGUCAUUCAUGGAACAUAUUUCUUCGAAUUAUCAUGGAGACACUUAUCAUUUGAUUGCCAAGAACUGCAACCAUUUUACUGAUGAAGUCUGUCUGCAACUAACUGGAAAGCCUAUUCCUUCUUGGGUAAACCGGUUGGCUCGAGUAGGUUCUUACUGCAAUUGUUUACUGCCUGAAAGCAUUCAGAUAACAGCAGUUAGACAUCUCCCUGAUCGUCCAUAUUCUGAUGAUGAAGAUGGGCCACAAUCUAUUGGAUCCUCUAUGUCACUACAGAGUGAAGACGAGGAUUCAGAUCAUCAUCUGCUGAGUGUACCCAAUGGUGAUGUUGCGUUUUUAAAGGAAAAACCGGUAAAGAUAGCAAGGGAACUCAUGUAGAAAUUCCUGCUUUUUAAUUCUUUCCACCUGGGAGAGUCUUUCUGUUGUUUGUACUUUUAGUGUAUGAUCCAUCUUCAGAGUAUAAGUUAGGGAGUCUUUCGUCGAAUUAUUUGAAAAUGUUGUAGCAUUUUUUCUGCUGUGCAGUAAUAUUGCUUGAUGCUUCUUUCAUGCUUAUACUUGUUCAUGUAAGUGUGUGAUUUUACUUUAAAAGUUUGGUCCUGUAUCUAAAAUUUAAUACAAGUCAGAGUAUAUAAUCUUAGUUUUUUGGCUUCUUGGUAAA